UCAACUGUGAGUGCAAUGUCUGGGUGGGGGAAAUGGUUGUGGGUCUGGGGUACAGCCUUGUUAGGGGGUUGGUUUCUUGCUAGUGCACAGAGGUUUACUACAAGUAGUUCUUUUUAUGAGGAGCCCUCUCUGGUCUGUGGGGAUGACAGCUUGGAGUAUAGUCUUCAAGUUAUGACCAGUGCAAAUGGUUCUGUUAGACUUUCAGUUCAAGAUGCUGAAGGUGAGCUAACUCCUCUCAUUACUGAGGAGUCCUGUGGUAUUUGGGCUGUCCCAGAGUCUGGAUCCAUGCAAAUUCUGGUGCGUUAUGACAGCUGCUACAUGAAAAAGAUGGCUGACUACUACAUAAUGGCUAUCGUCCUGGAGGUCAACAUCACAGGCUACUGGGAGGUCUAUGAGAAAGAGGAUCUGAGGUGCCCAGUAUUUCAAGUAAAGGAUUCUCCAACCUCUGGUGAGUGCUCCGAUGUCCCUAUAGGAAGCAGACUCCCAUGUGCUAGUUCUGCAGUUACCCAAGACAUUUGCCUGCAGAAUGGCUGCUGUUAUGACCAAACUAAUUCCAUGGCUCCCUGCUACUAUGGCAACAAAGUUACUGCCCAGUGCACUACUGACGGGAAACUUACAGUUGCUAUUUCCAUGGGUGUAACUGUGCCGGCACUAAUACUGGCGUCUGUCAAGUUUCAAAGAGCAAGUGGUCCGGAAUGUGACCCUAUUGUUAAAAAUGAUGCAUUUCUACUCUUCAGUAUUCCACUCUCAGCCUGCGGUACCAGGCAAACUGCGGAUGGUACCACAGUGGUUUAUGAGAAUGACCUGGUAGCUGAUAGGGAUGUAAUAACUUGGGGAGGAUCAUCAAUAACCAGAGACAGCCUCCUCAGAUUGCACAUCCGCUGUAGAUUCAUUGCCCGUGGAUCAGUCCCUCUGAAGGUAGAAGUAUUCACGUUGCCACCUCCACGUCUAGGAAUAACUUCUGGCCGAUUGACCUUAGAAAUGAGGAUAGCCCAAGACGCUCGGUACACUCCGUAUUAUGCUGAUGGGGACUACCCUAUAUUGAAGGUCCUGAGGGAUCCAGUUUUUAUUGAAGUGCGUAUCCUAAGGCGCAAUGACCUUAACUUGGUGCUGAUGUUGGAACAAUGUUGGGCCACCACAUCUGAAAGCCCUGUAGAGCUACCACAGUGGCCUAUCCUAGUAGAUGGAUGCCCAUUUGAAGGAGACAACUAUAAGACCCAGCUGGUACCUGUUGGGAGUGCAGUGGAUUUUCCUUCUCAUUAUAAACGCUUCGUUGUGAGCACUUUCACAUUUGUUGACCAAGCCUCUCAACUGGCAUUAGGUGGACUGGUGUACUUCCACUGCAGUGCAUCAGUUUGUGUACCAUCUUCACAGGGCCAAUGUGUGUCUACAUGCACCAACAGAAAAAGAAGAGAUCUUGACAGCUUGGAGCCGGGGACUCUGGUAUCUGCACAUGGGGCAAUUGACUUCAGCUUGGAUGAAAAAGUCAUUCUGACAAAAGACCUCCGCAAUGGUUACCUCUCAAGGAUGGAAUGGAUUGUCAUCUGGGCAUUUAUAGGCGGAAGCACUACAUGCAUGAUUUUAUUUUUUAUAUUACUUAAAAAAAGGAAUGGAUAUAUUAAAAAAAUCUAUAUUUAAUGACGCAA